AUGGGGGCGCUGGGCCGCCUGCAUGCCGUCCCCCGCCCGGGGCCCGCGCUCUCCCCCGCGCGUCCGCCCCGAUUCCGCCCGUGCUGCCAUCGACCCCGCGCCUCCCCCAUCUUGCGCCACUCCCCGUCGCUGCCCGCCCUCUCCGCAUCCCCUCGCCGCUCUCCGCCUGGUGCUGCCAUCGGCGCGAUUCAGCGGGGAAAUGGAGCAGCGCAGGGCCGCGUGGGGUUGCGCAGCGGAGAAGCAGCGAGGGCGGAGAGGCAAUCGGAGAGAGUGGUUGAUUACAACGACGGGAUCCGGAACAGACUAAUGCGCCGCAAGGGCGGGAGAAGUCAGAGAGAUGGCGACGAGAGGACUGGGCAGAUGGCGACCGACAGUGUGGUGCAGAGGGGUGACAAUGCGGUGCAGACGCCAUUGUACAGCCAGCAGCCAGUCCAGCCGCCCUCAGAACCCACCGCCUCCGGCUCCUCGCCCCCAUCGCCAUCUCUCGCGCACCGCCUGCUCUCCCGGCGAAGAGCAGCGCAGGUGCAAGGCGAGGGGCGGGGGAAGGGCGCAGCGGGAGUGGGGAGCCGCACGAGUGGCGAAGGCAGCAGCAGCGUGGGCGAAGCGGACAGAGGCACCGGUGAGCCGCCGCAGUCGCAACGGCCGGCAGUAUUGCCGUCGCCAUUACAGUCACCGUCACUGCUGACAUCGGCACCAGGGGGAGCAGCAGCGCUGAACCGACGGCUCGUGGAGGCCACGUGCCUCGCUGACGUCAUGCGGGUGGUGGCGAAUGAGAUGGCUCGCCUGCCCCCGCGGCCUGAGUGGCACGUGGGGGGCGCAGGUGCAACAGCCAGGGGCGCAGGGGUGGGUGAUGGGGUGGGGCCUAACAGCUCUUGGGGUAGCGGCAAGGUGCGUGGUAAUGGGAAGGGCGGGAGGAGGAGCAGGGAAGAGGAGGAGGCAGAGGAGGAGGAGAUGGAGAAGGAGAGGAGGGAGAUGGAGAGAAGGUGGGAGGAGGCAGCAGCGUGCUCCCUCUUCUCGCCAAUCAACGCAGUCACCGCUCUGCACCGCAUUGCACGUCACAUGCAAGCGGAGGGCAUGCCCCCGCCGUCCCGGCUGGCCCUAGCCCGCACGCCUCCCCUGCGCCUGCUUGUUGCUGCCGCCCUCCCUGCUGUGCGUGCCGCCCGCUGCAAUGCACAGACCCUCUCCAACCUCGUGUGGGCGCUCGCGCGCAUUGGGGGAGCGGGAGGAGGGGCGGGAGACAUGGUUGCGGGGCGGGGUGCGGAGGUGGGAGCGGGUGGGCAGAGGGGUGGAGGACAGCGCACAUGGGUGUAUUCGGAGGAGUUGGAUGCGGUGGCAGCAGCAGUGCUGCCCAUACAGCACACCCUGGCCCCACAGCACAUUGCAAACAUCGCAGCUGCCUUUGCCCUCGCUCGCCACCUCCCCCCACCCGCUCUCCUCCCCACCCUCGCCCGCCAAGCCUGCUUCGCGCUCCCCCCGCUCUCCCCCUCCUUCCCAACCACCCCCGCCCACCCCAGCGGCCGCGCUGUGCUGUCCCCCCACGAGCUCUCGCAGCUGCUGUGGGCCUUCGCCUGCCUGCACCACGCGCUGCCCCCCGCCCUCUCCCGCGCCCUCAACCGUGCAGCUGCCACUUUCUCCCCCUCCUCCCUCCCCCACACCUCCCAGCCACCCCCCAACCAGCUGCACAUGACCGCCUUCUCUCCCCCCCCGCCCUGCCCGCUGGCGUGCCUGCGAGCGUGGUCGCCCCAGCACGUGGCGAACAGUGUGUGGGCGCUGGCUGUGCUGCAGCACACCCACGGGGCGCUCUUCCACGCGCUCUGGGGAGAGGUGCUCCGCCGCCAAAGGCAGUUCUGUGGAGAGGAGCAGGAGGGGGAGGCGGAGGGGGAGGGGUCGGAAGGGGAGCAGAGGGCUAGAGUGGGGGAGCGGCAUCUGAGUCAGCUGUUUCAGGUGGCGGUGACUCUCAGGGCGGAGGGGGCAGGGGGUGCAGUGGAAAGGGGAAGAAAUGGGCAGGGGGAGGAGGGCGAGCAGGCGUGUGGUGGGGGGAGUGGAGGGGUGAGAAGAGGGCAAGAGGUGGGUGACGGGGGGGCGGGAAGGGGAGAGGGAAGAGACGAGGAGGGGGCAGAUUGGGUGUGGGAGGAGGGGGCGCGUGUGUGGCGGGCAGAGGCGGCGAGGGAGAAGGUGAAACCGUGCAGCCACUGGGAGGUGGAGCAGGCCCUCUCCGCCCUGGGGCUCGUGGCCUGGCGGGGGGACGAGUGGGAAGGGGGAGGAGGGGAGAGAGAGCAGGGUGACGAGGGAAAGGAGGGAGAAGAUGGAAGCGAGGGAGGGGAGGGAUGCUCGGGGGGCAUGGGGUGGGUAUCGGAGUACACAUCGUCAUGCGUGUGGCACUACUCCAUUGACAUUGCUCUGCCAGGGCGCCGCAUCGCACUGGAGGUGGACGGACCCUCACACUUCACCCGUAACACUCUGACUCCACUGGGAGCAACGGCGCUCAAGAGGCGACAUCUGGAGGCGGCUGGAUGGACGGUCAUCUCCAUCCCCUUCUACCAUUGGAACCAUCUGGAAGGUGAAGUACAGCAGCAAGACUACCUGGAGCGAGCUCUUGGCAUAUCAAUAACUUGA